AUGAAGGCCUCCUCCUCCGGCCUCAAGGCUGGAGUGGCACAGGCCCUCCUAGCCACCGGCAGCAAUGCCCAGUACCUCUAUAAUCAGACCAUCCAGACUGCCUACGGUCCGAUCCAGGGUGUCCCUGCCCUGAACUCCACAUGCUGCUCGUACAUCAACGGCUAUGAGAACGUCACUGUCUUCCGUGGCAUCCCCUUCGCCGCCAACCCUGGUGGUGAGAACCGCUUCAAGGCACCCCAGAAGGCGGCGUCCUGGAACGAGACACUCGUGGCAAGCGAGUUUGGCUCUGGCUGCCCUGCCGGCACCGCUCCUUAUGGCGGUGCCGACCCCAUCACUGAUGAGGACUGCCUGAACCUCAACAUCUGGACCUCGGCCUCCAGCACGGCCGAGAAGAGGCCCGUCAUGAUCUGGAGUUACCCUGCCGGCGCCAACAAUGCCUGGACCAUGUUUGACGGGUCGCAGAUGUCGCUGCAGGACAUUGUGGUGGUCACCUACAACUACCGUGCUGGCCCCUACGGCUGGCUUGCCCUGCCGGAGCUGUACGUGGAGUCUGGAAACCUGACCACGGGCAACUAUGGCAUCCUGGACCAGCUGUAUGCGCUGCAGUGGGUCCACGACAAUAUCGCCGACUUUGGCGGUGACCCAGACAGGAUCACGACCGUGGGGCAGUCAGCCGGCAGUGCUGCGGUGUACCACACUCUCAACAACCCGUUGGCCAAGGGUCUCGUCGUCGGCGCCAUCGCCGAGUCAGGCAUCCGGGACCCUCGCGACCCGCAGUCCAGGGACCUCGCCGAGGGCUACAACAACAUGUCGACGUCGAUCGAGCUCUCGUACGAGCUCAUGGACUACCUCAACGUCACCACGCUCGAGGAGCUGCGCCAGGUCUCGGCGGCCGACAUCAACGAGGCCAGCACCUUCACCUCCUUCUCCAACUGGCGCGGCUGCAUCGACGGCUAUGUCUUCCCCGCCACCUACUGGGAGGACCUCCAGACGGGGCCCCCAGGCAACGAUGUGCCCGUCAUCACGGGCAACACCAAGGACGAGUCUGGCGCCACGUACGGCCUGACGGCGACCGUGGCGGGCUACGAGUCGACGCUCAACUCGACGUACGGCUCGCUGGCCGCCGACUUCCUGGCCGCCUAUCCUGCAUCCAACGACACCCAGGCGGCCAUGCAGGAGAACCUGAUCGCCCGCGACACGUCGCUCAUCGGCACGUGGAACUUUGCCAACAUGUGGGCCAACUCGUCGACGCAGCCCAUCUACACGUACUACUGGGACCACGCGCCGGCCGACAACGAGGAAGGGUCCGGGGCCAAGCACAUGUCCGAGAUCAACUACAUCUUCAACAACCUGUACGGCACCCAGCUGAGCUGGACCGAGGUCGACUACCAGAUCGCCUCCACCGUCAACGCCUACUGGGCCAACUUCAUCAAGACCCAGAACCCCAACGACGGCGGCAGCUGGACCAACGGCACCACCCUGGGCACCUGGUACGCCUCCAACAGCUCCAGCCCCGCCACCUUCCACCUGUCGCCGGCCGCCCCUGAGAACCUGAACGGCCUUCCUGCUGGCUAUGAGAUGGUGCCUGUGGCCACUGAUGACCACAUCACCCUCAUCAAUGAGUUCCUCGCCACACAGCAGUCUCUGUAA